AUGGCGGCUCAGAGUAUGUGGAGAAGAUGGCCUAAAUGUCGAGAAGUGCUGUGGCCUUCACAUCGAUGGAAAGAGAGAGAAAUUCGGCCUCUGUGUAGGAGAUUUAGUAUAGAAACAAAAGAAAUGGGUAAACGAUUUCCCUGGACUUUAUUGGGUUCAUUAGCUGUUGGUUUCUCCCUUGGAUAUCUGUUAUCCAAGCACAGAGAGAAUGAACUGGCUGGCAAUCGUAGCCUGACGGUUGCAGCAAAGACAAAAUUUCAGGAUGGGGUAAAUUCAGCCGAUUCUGGAUCACCCCCACGAUCUGCAACGUUCAACUUUAUUGCAGACGCUGUGGAAAAAGCUGCACCCGCUGUUGUGUACAUAGAAAUCACGGGACGACGCGCGGGAUUCGGGUUCAUGGGACACACAGGUCCCACUAGCUCGGGUUCUGGGUUUAUAGUAACUGAGGACGGUAUGCUUCUGACAAAUGCACACGUCGUAGAGAACGCUGCAAAAGUGACUGUGAAGCUAAAGGAUGGAAGGGAAUUUAGUGGCAUUGUUGUAGAUCUUGACUUUGAAAAUGACCUGGCAGUCGUGCAGCUAGAGUCGGAUAAGAAUAUUAAAUUCCCAACACUUACCCUUGGUUCAUCAUCUACAAUUAGACCAGGAGAGUGGGUUGUAGCUAUGGGCAGCCCUCUCCAGCUCAGUAACACUAUAACAGCUGGGAUUGUCAGUACAGUGCAUCGUGCAGGUGGAGAGAUUGGACUUCCAAACCCGGAGAUGGAAUAUAUCCAGACAGAUGCAGCAAUAAAUGUUGGAAACUCAGGAGGACCUCUGGUUAAUCUGGAUGGUCAUGUUAUUGGGAUCAAUGCAAUAACUGUAAGAUUUGCGAGUGGAAUUUCAUUUUCCAUACCUAUUGACACUGCUAAAGAGUUUCUAUCACAAGCAAUAGAGAGAUUUAAGAGUGGUAAACUCACACAGAACAAAAGUUUGAAGAGACAACUGGCUCCAUAUGAACGCUGGUAUAUUGGUGUCAGCAUGUUGACACUGACUCCACAGAUACUGGAGCAACUGCGGCGAAGGGACCAAAGUUUCAAUAAAGUGAAAUCUGGAGUGUUUAUUCCACAAGUUAACUAUGGAUCACCAGCACAUAGGGCUGGUGUGCUACCUGGUGAUAUAAUAACAAAAAUAAAUGGCAACAAAAUAGUGUCCAAUAAAGAAGUGUACCGACAUGUAAACAGAGGAGAAACCUUUGAGGUUGAAGUAAAGAGAGGGGAUAAGCAUCUCAAGUUCACCCUUGAACCUGAAGUUGUGGGAUAAAUUUUUGUUCAGGGCUUUUACACCUGCCUUGGCACAUAAUAAAUUUGAUUAAUAUUAAA